AGAGAGAGAGAGAGAGAGAGAGAGGUGUUCAAUUGUUCAAACCUUCAUCAAUGGAAGAGGAGAUCAAGAACUUCAUCAAGGUAUGGAUUCUAGCAAUCACAUCUCUAUCUUACACAUACUACAUCUCAUCAAAACUUCCAAAAGGCAUCAUAAGGCUCUUCUCACUCCUCCCUAUAAUCUAUCUCUUCACCAUCCUCCCUUUAUCGCUCUCUUCCUUCCAUCUUUCUGGUCUCACUGCCUUCUUCCUUGUCUGGCUUGCCAAUUUCAAGCUCCUCCUAUUUGCCUUUGACCAAGGCCCCUUGUCUCCACCCCCACCUAAUCUCUUCCACUUCAUCUCCAUUUCUUGCCUUCCAAUCAAAAUCAAACAGAACCCACCUCCAGAUCUGACCUCACAAGAAAACCCACCAACCCAUUUUGUCCAAAAAGUGUUUUAUUUAAUCUUAUUUGCUGUUAAAUUGUCCCUGUUGGUUAUUAUAAUCCGUAGCUAUGAGUAUAAGAAACACAUGCAUCCAAACGCUGUCUUAGCCCUCUAUUGUCUUCACAUGUACCUUGAAUUGGAGGUUUCAUUAGUCCUUGUUGUAACACCGGCUCGAGCCAUUUUUGGGUUUGAGCUCGAACCACAAUUCAAUGAGCCCUACCUUGCCACCUCACUACAAGACUUUUGGGGUCGUAGGUGGAAUCUCAUGGUGCCAAGUAUUCUUCGUCCCACCAUAUACUACCCAAUACGGCGUACUUUUACUCAUCUGAUUGGGCCAAAAUGGGCUACAUUGAUGGGCCUCGUGGCCUCAUUCGUCGUGUCCGGUUUAAUGCACGAGGCAAUAUUUUAUUAUCUCACACGCGUGAGUCCCACGUGGGAGGUGACGUGCUUCUUUGUCCUACAUGGCAUUUGCACGGCUGUUGAGGUAGUGGUGAAGAAGGAGGUCGGGACCGACAAGCGGCGGCUUCACCGGGCCGUGUCCGGCCCAUUAGUGCUUAGUUUUGUGGCGGUGACCGGUGUUUGGCUGUUGUUUCCACAAUUAACAAGGAAUGGAGUGGAUGAGAAGACCAUAGAAGAAUACUCAAUUGUGCUUGAUUUUGUAAGAGACAAAUUUGGCAUUCUAAGGCAGAAGGCCAUGCAUAUAUGGUAGUAGUCAAAGGUUGUGUUUUUGAGCUAUGUGUUCAAUGUAUUAGCAUUUCCAUGAAUUGAGAAUGAUUUCAAUUUUCCAACUUUAAAUGAAAAGGCAAUAUUUAUA